AUGAAGAGGAUAGACACCAUGAGGAAGACUUCUCUGAAAUCUUCCAAAAGUUCUGUGAAUCAAAUCAAGGCCGGCAAGAAAUAUGAUGACGUGGCGUCGGAUUCAUUGCCCCGGAGCGUUUCGUUCAAUCCAGGGGGGAAGCCGAUUAGGAUGUCGGGAAGCGACGGACGGCAAAUAUCGCCGGCCGAGCUCUUCACAUUCCGUGAUCUUGCAAUGGCAACGGAAAAUUUCAACCCGGAUUUGCUCAUAGGCCAAGGAGGCUUUGGGAGAGUGUACAAAGGCCGCCUCAAGAACAAUCAGGUGGUGGCGGUAAAACAAUUAGACAGAAUUGGCGGUGUUCAAGACGACAAGGAAUUCUUGGCUGAGGUUUUAGUUAUAAGCACUAUCCGUCACCCGAAUUUGGUGAAUCUGAUAGGCUAUUGUGCCGAUGGGCGGCAGAGGAUUAUCGUCUACGAGUUUAUGCAUAAUGGCUCCUUAGAAACCAAUCUUUUUGAUUUGCCUCCGGAGAAGACACCACUGGAUUGGUACGCAAGAAUGAAAAUUGCGCGAGGAGCGGCGCAAGGGCUCGAGUACUUGCACGACACUCCGAAUCAGUCGAUCGUCCUCCGGGCUUCAAGCAUUUUAUUGGAUGAGGAAUUCAACGCCAAGUUGUCCGAUUUUGGGCUCACGAGGUUGUGUCCAACGACAAGCGAUAACCAUCAAGAUCACAUCGGCACGAGAGUUAUGGGGACAUAUGGCUAUUGCGCGCCGGAGUAUACUCAGACGGGUCAAUCAACAACUAAGUCUGAUGUCUACAACUUUGGCGUAGUGCUCCUCGAAAUCAUUUCAGGACGGCGCGUGGUCGAUAAUACGAAACCACCUGAUCAGGAGAAUCUAGUCGAAUGGGCGAAGACGAUAUUCAAUGACCGGAGUAAGUUUGUGCUGCUUGCGGAUCCAUUGUUGGACGGGAAGUAUCCGAUUAAGGGGUUGUAUCAAGCGGUGGCGGUGGUCGCGAUGUGCGUGCAAGAUGAGGCGAGCACGCGGCCCUUGAUCGGAGAUGUCGUGACGGCGCUCGAGUAUUUAGCUAUUAUGACCGAUGAUGGGACGAGUGAGACGGACAUGAUGGAGAUAUAGGGACCAUUGAUGCCAGAAUUUAAGGUAGAGUUUGAUUUUCAUAAGACAAGUGUUUGUGUUGUAAGAAUGUAUAGUUU